AUGAUUGAGUGCUUCUCAAACAGACUUCCAGAACAUGCCGAGCCCAGGGACACGCUGUCUGAAAGGGCUGCCGAGGGGAGCAACGCUGUGUCUGUCACCUUUGGGCCCGGGUGGACCAGAGCUGGCAGGAAUCCUGACGACUGCCUGGCACACCCGGGAGGAACCCAAGGGAAGCUGGGGGGGGACGGGGGACGGGGACCUCCGAGCGGCCUCUUCCUUCCUGCUCACCCCGACCACGAGGACAGAGCCAGCGGGGCCAGCACGGCCGGCGUGGACCGCUCCAGCAUGACUCAGUGCUCACCUCUGUACAAGUGUAACCAGCUACUGAAGAGGAUCCUGCUCGUGUUCCCCCACUAUUGUCUGGGCAGGGGCCUCAUUGACAUGGCCAUGAACCACGCUGUGACCGAGGUCUACGCCCGCUUCGGAGAGGAGUACAGUCCAGACCCUUACAGCUGGGACUUUCUGGGGAGGUAUCUGUUUUUCAUGGCUGCCGAGGGCUUCGUGUAUUUCUUCAUCAACGUCCUCAUCCAGUACCGCUUCUUCAUGGACCACUGGAUGCCGGAUUUCCAGAAACCCCUGGUAGCGGAGGAGGACGUGGACGUAGCCGAGGAGCGAGAGCGUGUCACCCACGGCGACAGCAGCAGGGACAUCCUUCAGAUACGAGACCUGUCCAAGACCUAUACACACGCGGCCUCACCGGCAGUAGACAGGAUCUGUGUGGGUGUGGCUCCUGGGGAGUGUUUUGGUCUGCUAGGGGUGAACGGAGCAGGGAAGACCACCACCUUCAAGAUGCUGACUGGAGACAUCGACGUGACGUCUGGAGAAGCCUCCGUAGCAGGUCACAGUGUUCUGACCAACAUCCUGGACGUGCACCAGAACAUGGGCUACUGCCCUCAGUUUGACGCCAUGGACGAUCUUCUGACGGGCAGAGAGCACCUACACCUGUACGCCCGCCUGCGAGGGGUGCCCGAGGGCGAGAUCAGCAGGGUGGCAGAGUGGGCCAUCUACAAACUGGGCCUGUCAGAGUACGCUGGCCUCAGCACCGGCACCUACAGCGGAGGAAACCGCAGGAAGCUCUCCACUGCCAUCUCCAUGAUUGGCUGUCCCGCCCUGGUUCUGCUGGACGAGCCCACCACAGGGAUGGACCCUCACUCCCGACGUUUCCUCUGGAACUCCAUCAUGAGUGUGAUCGAUGACGGGAGGGCUGUGGUCCUCACCUCACACAGCAUGGAGGAGUGCGAGGCUCUGUGCACCAGGCUGGCCAUCAUGGUGAACGGCACCUUCAAAUGUCUGGGCACCAUUCAGCACCUCAAGUACAAGUUCGGAGAUGGCUACGUGGUGACCAUGAAGAUCGGCACGUCCAGGCCCGGCCUGCCCCCGGACCUGAACCCUGCCGAGGCCUUCAUGGAGAGCACCUUCCCUGGGUGCGUCCAGCGGGAGAAGCACCACAACACCCUGCAGUACGAGAUCUGCUCCUCCUCGCUGGCCCGCAUCUUCCAGCUGGUCCUGGCCAACAAGGAGAGGCUGGAUAUUGAGGACUACUCCGUCUCCCAGACGACCCUGGACCAGGUGUUUGUCAACUUUGCCAAGCAGCAGUCAUGCGAGGACGACUCCAUCGUUUUGCACCCGCGAGCAGCCGGGGCGAGGCGGGACAUCAAGGUCAAGCCCAUGACAUGCCUGGGGAAGUGAGCGUCAGUACGUCUGGUUUGAUUGACAUGUGAUUUGGCAAAUUGUGAUAGAGCACAUGCUUGUGUUUGCUUGUUAGCUGCAGAAGGUGAAAAACGAUUCUUGGAUUCCACCCACUUGGCCUGUCUUGUAAAGUAAAACAUGCAUUUGAAUGUUCCGAAAUAAAUGAGCAGGUUAGUUGCGUUGCGGUAUU